AUGACUCUAUGGUUAUUACAGAUAUCCCUCACUCUAACCAGUUCAUUAGUCAGCCGUGUUGUUCGCGAGUUUCGGAACUCGCCGCAGUUGGCUUUAGAGUUUUACAACUGGGUUCGUACGAACCAGAGUUGUUGUCCUCAAUUUUUGGAUUCUUCUUGUACUUUAAUUCAUGUUUUGAUCAAUUCUAGGAGGUACGAUGAUGCCCUGUCUCUUAUGGAGAGUCUAAUGGGGGAAGAGGGUUUGCCCCCAUUGGUUGUUUUGGAAGGGUUGGUUACUAGCUAUGAUGAAGGUUGUGGUUUUUCAAGCCCUGCAGUGUUUGAUGCACUUGUGAGGGCUUGUACUCGGCUUGGGGCCACGGAUGGUGCUUAUGAGGUGAUUAAAAAGCUGAGAUUGGAUGGUUACUGGGUUUCGAUUCACGCUUGGAAUAACUUUCUUAACCAUGUGAUUAAGUUGAAUGAGAUUGAUAGGUUUUGGAAGAUGUAUAAGGAAAUGCUUUCAUAUGGUUAUGUUGAAAAUGUUAAUACUUUCUAUUUGGUUAUGUAUGCUCUUUGUAAGGAGUGCAAGUUAUUAGAAGCAAUGUCGGGAUAUUAUCGGAUGUUGAAGAGUGGAAUUUGGCCUAGUGUUGUUACUUUUAACAUGAUUAUAGAUGGAGCAUGCAGGAUGGGUGAUAUGGAACUUGCCUUGAAGGUUUUGAGAAAGAUAGGGGUAAUGUCGGAGGACUGUGUUACGCCCAAUUCAGUUACUUACAACUGUAUCAUUAACGGUUUUUGCAAAAUUGGUGGUUUAUCGGUUGCAGAAGAAAUUCGUGGUGAAAUGACCGAGCCAGGUGUUGAGGCUAAUUUGAGGACUUAUGCAACUCUAGUAGAUGGGUAUGCAAAACAGGGGAGUUUGGAGGUGGCACUUCAAUUGUGCGAUGAAAUGGUGGAAGGGGGUUUGACCCUUAAUCCUGUUGUUUACAAUUCAAUUAUCCAUCGGCUUUACAUAGAAGGAGAUACUGAGGAAGCUCUUUCCUUAUUGUCUGACAUGAUUGAUAGGCAUAUAUUCCCUGAUCAGUUCACCUACUCAAUCCUCAUCAAGGGGCUCUGUAGAAGUGGGCUUCUGACGGAAGCAAUUAGAUUUCAUAACCACAUCCUUGAGAAGAACCUCGUCAAGGAUGUUUUCUCCCACAAUAUCCUAAACCCUAAACUUUGUAGAUCCACGCAAUCGGAUCAUCUCCAUCGACAAAACGAGGAAACUCAAUGCGCUGUGUCCAUGGUGGCCGCGGCGGAUGAUCACCUCCAAAACGAUUCAGACUCGGAGGACGGAGAUCAGGUGCAGAAGCACGAGGAUCAGAACAAUCAGGCACCAGAUGCACAGGAUGACCACUACUGCUCGGACGAAAAAGGGAGCAUAGGAAGUGCUGUUCAGAUUUAUGAAAAAUUGAUCGAGGGGAAGAAAAAACCUAAUUUGGUGAUAUACAAUUCUGUUAUAAAUGGGUUAUGCAAAGAGGCAUCAGUGGAUGUUGCAAAACUUUUGAUGGAUUCGUUACAGAGGAUGGAUGUUCUUGACAUUGUAACCUAUAACACAAUGAUAAAUGGGUAUUUCAUCAGCGGGAUGAUUGAUCAGGCAUUUGUUUUGCUUCAGGAAAUGGAAGAGGGUGGAAUUUCAUUCAAUAUAGUCACCUACAAUAUAUUGAUCAACUUUUUGUGCAAGUUUGGGUGUAUUCAACAAGCAAAGGGACUAAUGAAGGUAAUGAUUUCAAGGGGCAUGGUUCCGGAUUUUGUAACAUACACCACUCUCAUUACCAAUUUGAACAAGAGUUGUAGCACAGAAGAAGUCGUUGCAUUGCAUGACUACAUGGUGACUAAGGGAGUAAUUCCUGAUAGGCAAACGUACAAAGAUAUUGUCUGUCCAUAUCUUCUAGAAGAAAAUUCAUAGAUUAGCACAUUGGGUUGAGUUUCAACAGUACAUCAAGGUGUAUAUUUGCUCUCCGUCUUCCAGUAUCGUUUGUGUUUCAAAUGAGU